AUGCCAUCCUCAUUUCAUUGGGUGAUCGACGAAUCCGACACGGACGGCGCCCAAACCACCAUUGUACUCAACCUCAACGCGAGAGAUACGAGGGGGAAUGACUUCACAGAACGAGGGGGUGUGGCUCCUUUUUUCACCUCUUCCGGGACAUUCAUGGAGACUGCCGGGGAUUGGGACCUCUUCAACGACGUCGAUUCCUUUCCCUCGGCCCCGCCGAGUGAGGGGGGGAGUACAAGCAGUCGGAGUUUGAGCCGGAAAAGCAGCUUCGCAACCCCCACCCGGCGAGGCAGUCGCCUUUCGCGGCAAAGACGUUUGCGCGGGCACAACCCACGGGACCUCUCCCCUCCUCUUUCCUAUGGCGAGGUGGGGACUCUUCGGGGCCGGGGGCGAAGGUCUUUUCGUUAUGUCGUGGACGAAGACGGCGAGCCGGUGGGGGAUUUGAAAGAUGGAAGAGGAGGGAAUGACGUCCGCCCGUCGGGUGCGCCUUUUUCGAUCCCUAAAUCGACUUUCGGGGGCGCAUUCAUCCGAGCGCUGGAGCUUCGUUUAGCGGGCGGAUUCGCGGCCCCCAUGGGCGCUUCCCACCUAUCCCAAACUACCCUGUCGGAAAGCGGUCCCUCAACCAUCUGGGGUGAUGCUGAGGGGGAUUUAAGAGAAAGAAUGCUUCCCAAACGAAAUAAAAAGCUCAAUAAGAAAAAGAUUAGCGAGGAGAAGAAGUGGCAGCGGGUGUUCUCGACUACAAGAAAUAGGGAUGGCAAUCCAUCGGCUAGCGAUAUCAAACGUGAUCGUUCCUUCAGCGAAAUGGUGGGGGUGCUCGUUGCGCGGGCGCGCCAGCAGCGUCAUCAUUUACCCGAUUACGACUCGGAAGAAGAAGAUAAUAAAAAAGAAGACGCACUUGAUGGGGAAUAUUCAAGCCUAGGAUCUGAUCACACGAAUCCACGCGAUGCACCGAAUCGACCUCACCACCGGAGCAAAAAACCAAAGCCGUGGAGAGGCGGUAUAGCGUCUAGCCCUCCACAGCAGGACGCCCAUGAGGGCGCCUCGUUCCUCGGUUCCUCUUUCCUUCCCUUUGUGGAGGAUGCUGUGGGUGAUCCCGCAAAGCCGCCGGAUCCCUCCGCCUUCUUCAUCUCGCCCAUUCAUCAGUGCGUGGCGCAGGAGUCGGCGCCGUGGGGGGGCGCAUCGGCGGGCCCCUCUUCCGGCCUGGGGACCCCCUCUUUUGUGCAAUUUCUCGGCUGCGGCGGCCUCCCGGCCCACGCCGCGCCGCCGCAGAACCGGCCCCGUGCGCCGCACGGCGCCCUUCACCGCAGCAGCCCGGGGGCCACUGCGGGCCGUCCCGCCGUCCAACGACGGCGCCCACCGUCCGAUCGCCCCGAGCGGUACUGCCGUGAGCUGCAGAAGGUGGCGGAGCUGGAGGGGGAGCGGCUUCUCGACCGCGCGCUGAAACCAAACGAACGCGACCCACGACGAAAAGCAGGGGACGACGCGGACGAUAUGGUGUGCGUGGAGGGGGUGAUUCCUUUACCAUUAGGGGGAGGAGCGAGGCCCGGCGUGGCGCGGCGGCGGCGAGCAAGCGGGCGAUCCGCUCGGGAUGGGGUUCCCUCUUCUGGGACUUUGCCGCCUCCGUGUGGUGAUGUGGAUCUUUUUUGCUCUGCGUUGUGGGGCAAGCGGUCUCGCCAGGAUCGCCGCGCGCCGCUCAACACUGGGAACGAUGGGUGGACUAGCAGCAGCAGUGAGAGUGAGAACGAGAAUGAGGUGCGCCCUCGGGCGAAUAAAUUUCGCCGCCUGAAUGGGAGGUCUCAAGGGAUGAAUGGAAGUAUCGAGAGCCGCGCUCUAGGGCCCUCUCCGAGCCCUUCCUUGGCGUUGUUUCCACCUUUGCCCAUGCUCCCCGCGAGCAAGGCGGAGAUGUUGGAGGACUUCGUGUUCACCCCUUAUGUCGGUGAGCGUAUCGAGGAGGAUGACUUUCAACUCUUUUGA